GUGCCAAAAAGGGGGAGGCAAGGUGGUGUGUUAGUGCGCGAUCUUCCUACGUUCCUGACGAUCGUGUGCGAGUUAGACUGAAACGCGACGCAAACACACAUUCCAGUUGAACGUAUCAUCGAAUUUGGGGUGUAAAAGUGACAUAAACCCGUUUCCACGGCCAUAAUUUGUGUUGUGUUAUUGUUGUGCAUAUAAAAUCCAAUCCAGUUCUAGGCCCCGCAGCAAGCAAAAUGUUUUCGAAGAAAAAGAAAAAGCCACAAAUUUCCUUCCCGAGCAAUUUCGAGCACCGUGUACAUACGGGCUUUGAUAAGCGGGAAGGUCGGUACGUCGGUUUGCCAUUGCAAUGGGCGUCGAUCGUUGGCAAUAAUCAGAUACUGAAAUCAUCCAACCGUCCGUUGCCGUUGGUCGACCCGUCCGAGAUCACACCGACCGAAAUACUGGACCUAAAGACCAUCGUACGGCCCCACGGUCCACCUGGCCCGGGAGGAAAUGUGGCCGCACCGGGUACGGUAGCAUCCGAACCGGGGAAACUCAUACUGCCGAAAACAUCCAACGUAGCACGUUCGAAUUCGCUUCGAAGCUCCAGUCCACCGCGGGUACGCCGUGGAGAUUUGCGUGCCAAUACCAAUGUGCCACCAUCCGUGCCGGAGGAACCGAUGCAACCGCCGCAACAGCUUGGCGGUGGCCAAUCUCCGUUCCCCGGAAUGAACAAUAAUAGCUUCCCGUCGAUGCAGCCACCCGCCAAGGGACCGACGGGUGGAAAUUAUCCACCAAUUUCGCCCGCGGGCCCGACGUUGGAGACGAACUUUAACAACAAUUUCGAUGCACACCAUCAACAACUACAUCAGCAACAGCAGCACCAGUUGGCAUCAGGAAUGGCGCAGCACCAAUUGCAUAUGCACCACAUGCAGCAGCAGCAGCAGCACCAUCACAUGCAUUCCCAUCAAGCUCAAGCAGGCGCUGUUGGCGGGAGCAGCGUACAGGCAACAGCAACAGCAGGCCAUGCAAUCGCCCCGCAUAUGAACGGUGGCAAUCUGAUAGCGGGCAACAACACGAACAGCAGCAACAUGUCUACGGCUGCUUCGACCAAUGGUACGGGCUCGAACGGAAACCUCUCCAAUCCGGUCAGUGUGCUAACGGAAACGUCUUCGCUGUAUCAUAACAGAUCACAAAAAUCCUCACCAACUGGUUCGGAUGGUAUGCACCGGCAGUAUCCUAAUGCAGGCUAUGCUGGCCAGCUACCGGGCAACAACAAUUUCCAAGGCUCGAGUAUGAUGGCAGCAGGUGGUGGACCACCUCCACUGCACAGUAAACCACAGGCCGGUCCGAAUCAUCCGGGACAGGAGGGUUCCAUGGCGAACAAUCAUGGCGCACUCAACCAGCAUGGUCACAUGGGAGAUGCAAACAACGGUAACCAUAUUCCGCCCGGUCAUCCGGGUCAUCACCAUCACCACCAUCAUCCGCACGGUAUGAUGGGUCCCGGUGGUUCGGCCGGAACACCCCAACUGUCCGGUUCACAGCUGUCCCCAACAAACGUUCAUCACCAUCAUCAUGCCCAUCACCAUCAGGCGACACAGCAGCAGCAACAACAACAACAACAAAUGCAGGUUCCAUUGCAGAUGGGCAAUAAUCAGAUGCCAAAUCACCACCAUCACCAUAAUCACAAUGCAAAUGCGCCACCACACCACCAGAAAAUGCCAUCACCGUCAUCGGUAUCGAACACCAACACGGGUGGAAUACAAGGUGCAGCAGCAGCAGCAGGACUUGGCGCACCGGAUCCGAACCACAUGUUUAACAACAAUUCCAUCAGCAACGCCAAGAGCAACUCGCGUGCAUCGAGCUCGAGUGGUGGUAACAUAUCCGUUGCUCAAAGUACCUCUUCCACCACACAGAGUGGUCAGAGUCAGCAACAGCCACCGGUAAAAACGGAACAAAGGCUUACACACGAACAGUUCCGUGCCGCACUACAGAUGGUGGUGUCCGCGGGUGAUCCGCGUGAAAAUCUGGAAAAUUACACAAAAAUCGGCGAAGGUUCAACCGGUACCGUCUGCAUUGCGACAGAUAAAUCCACCGGUCGGCAAGUGGCAGUCAAGCAGAUGGAUCUACGGAAACAGCAGCGCCGUGAAUUGCUGUUUAACGAGGUCGUCAUUAUGCGUGAUUAUCACCAUCCGAACAUUGUGGAAACGUACAGCAGCUUCCUGGUGAACGAUGAACUGUGGGUGGUGAUGGAAUUCUUAGAGGGCGGUGCGCUCACCGAUAUCGUGACACAUUCCCGCAUGGACGAGGAGCAAAUCGCCACCGUUUGCAAACAGUGCCUUAAGGCUUUAUCCUAUCUUCAUUCACAGGGUGUUAUCCAUCGGGAUAUCAAAUCCGAUUCAAUUCUGCUAGCGUCGGACGGGCGGGUGAAGCUGUCCGACUUUGGUUUCUGUGCGCAGGUAUCGCAAGAACUGCCGAAACGCAAAUCGCUCGUUGGCACACCGUACUGGAUGUCGCCAGAAGUCAUCUCCCGGUUGCCGUACGGUCCGGAGGUAGACAUCUGGUCGCUCGGUAUCAUGGUGAUUGAGAUGAUCGACGGUGAGCCACCGUUCUUCAAUGAGCCACCGCUGCAAGCGAUGCGACGCAUCCGCGAUAUGCCACCGCCAAAGCUGAAGAACUCACACAAAGUGUCCAGCCGGCUGCAAAACUUCCUCGAUCGUAUGCUCGUGCGUGAUCCGGUGCAGCGUGCAACUGCGUCGGAGCUGCUGGCGCAUCCGUUCCUAAGGCAAGCGGGACCACCAUCGUUACUGGUUCCAUUGAUGCGUGGUGCACGGCACAGUAAUUGCUAAGACGACGAGCCAGGAACAGGCCAGCAACCGGUUCAGAGAAAACAAGAUUCAGCCAUUCACAACCAAAAGGAAUCUACAGCGCGCUGAGAUGGAUGCACCAAAUGAACGGUUAUGCGAUCAGUUCGUUCGUUUCCGGUCAGCAUCAUAUAAUUAACUUUCAUGCACUCUGCAAAGCCGUGAGUAAUCUAUUGUUGCAUUUAUCUAACGUGAAAACAGGAAAAGCGAAAACCGCAAGUUUCAUAAUCAUUUGCAGUCCAAUCUGUUGCUAUUUGUACAACAAACAUAACUUAGAAGUUAACAGUGUUAUUAGGAAAACAAUUCCGUUUGUUUUCGUUAUAUGGUUUGAAGUAAAACGUGUAGGAACGAGUUAAAGUUUUAUAUAUUAUUUUGCAGCUAUAAACUGUUCUCAUCAGACAAGAUCAGGCCACUCUAUCGUAACGACCAUUACGGACGCAAGAAAGCAGGAGCUGUAAAUAUUUUUUAAUGAUGAAGCUUUUCAUGUAAUUUGAUAAUACACACACGGAACCUUUUAAAACAACGAUCUGUGUACACGUUUACGCGGUAGACUAUACAUUCCAGUAUUUAGCUGAAGAAAGCUUGAAUGAUAAAACGGUUUAAUUUUAACUCUUUCUUUUUCGUGCAAAAAAAAAAUUAUCCAACUUCUGUAAUAUUAAAUGAGCCAUUGUUAAGUGUUUGUUGUAAAUGUGGUUUUAAAAAUUUGCAAUCAUCCCAGCCUACUUAUGGGCUGACAAGUUUUAUUAUAAACAAGAAGAAAAGUUCACUCACACACACCCAGAACGGUUAUGUUAACGAAAAAAGGAAAGUAUUUGUUAUUCAACACGGGAACUUUUUGUAUUUUUAAAACCCGUAAACAUUAAGCUGUGUAAAGUUAGCUACUUGCAAGUAUUCUCAAGUUGACUGCUUUUACCUCACUCGAAAAAAAAGGUCACUUAAUGUAAACAGUUGAAUCUCUUCUAAGAAAAUGUAGGAUCGGAUAGGAAGAAAUAAUGUUUCUUUUUAAUGAUUGUAUCGUGUCAACAGUUAAGUAGCAUUUAUAUGUCGACGAAGCGCUUGGCUGCAAAAGAGAAAAACAAAACAACACAUUAAAUACUCAAACAGGUUCCGUACUGCUUACUUACAUAAGAGACUGGUAGGUUGGCCUAGGACCUAGUGGUCGGCAAACUUUGGAGAGUAAUAGGAAUUAACGAAACGCAUGAGACUCACCCUUUAAAGUGCAUUUAGCUAUUGCCGAAUGAAUGAUCAUUUCGGAAAAAAGAUACAAAAUUUUAUUUAGAAUACAACAAAUUAUACUCUACUUAGACGAAUCCAGGGC